AUGGCCGUUGAAGCCAUCGGAAAGAACAAAAGUCUCAGUAUCCGGGCCGCAGCCAGACUGUACAACGUUCCGGAAGCAACGAUUCGCCACCGACGUACUGGCCCGUCUGCACGACGCGAUUUACCAGCCAACUCGCAUUUGGCCAACCACCUGCUCCGCGAACGCGAUGCGCCCCCUGUCGGCAAGCUCUGGGCCCACAACUUUGUCAAGCGCCAGCCACAGCUCCGUACGCGUCGUACGCGUAGAUACGACUACCAGAGGGCCAAGUGCAAAGAUCCAAAGGUCAUUGGCGAGUGGUUUACGCUUGUACAGAACACUAGGGCCAAAUAUGGGAUUGUCGAUGACGAUGUCUAUAACUUCGACGAGACUGGGUUUAUGAUGGGCAUCAUCUUCGCGGGUAUGGUAGUUACGACCUCAGACGGCCGUAGCAAGGCUAAACUAGCCCAGCCUGGUAACCGCGAGUGGGCGACCUUGGCCUUGACUGGAUCAAGCACCUUGACUACCAUACGGCGCCCCGGACAAAGGGUAUACCGGUUGCUGAUCCUCGACGGCCACGAAAGCCACCACUCCACCGAGUUCGAGCUCUACUGCCGGGACAACAAGAUCAUCACACUCUGCAUCCCCCCGCACUCUUCCCACAAGUGCCAGCCACUUGAUGUUGGCUGCUUCGGGCCACUGAAACAGGCAUACGGUCGCCUGAUCGAGGAGCUGAUGCGCGCACACAUCAACCAUAUCACCAAGUUCGAGUUCCUUGGUGCCUUUCGCGAAGCCUUCUUUGCUUCCAUGACAGAGAAGAAUAUCCAGGGUACAACGGCUGUAAUGCACCAGGUGGCUCUCCUUCAGUCAGAGGUCUCUUCGCUCCGCAAGGCCAACGAGGCACUGAGCAAGCAACGGAGGGCCAAAGAAACACGUGUGCAGCUUGGAGGGUCACUUACUGUACAGGAUGCACAGGAUCCACUAGACCAGAGGGCUGUAGUAUGCCGCUGCGGUAUGGCGCGCAAGACAUUCGAACACCUCGUACUCGAAUGCAGCGGAGCCGCAGAUAAGUCCCAGCCCUGGCCAGAUGACGGCGCAGAGCUACUGGAGUGGCUGGAUGACGUGGAGAAGGCUGCCAUAGUGGUGCGGUGGGUACUUGGGCUGGGGAGGCUGAACGAGUUCCGGCUGGCGGUAGAGCUGGAAAAUGAGGAGAACAACGAGGAGGCCCGCGGCGGGGCCGGAGCGGAGUAG